AGUGUAGAAGUCAGAAUUUGUGAUCAAGCAGUAAAAAGAAUAGCCAAAUUUUCUGAGGUGAUUGCUAAAUUUAAUUUUGCAGAUAUGGCCUUGGUUAAUCACAUUCUCCGUCGCGCUGUUUCGCAAUCGGUUAUUCGAAACGCUGUGACUGGUCCUUCGGCAGUUGCUGGACAUGCAAGUGGUGGCUAUAAAGUCUGGAAGAAAUUAUCUUUCUUUGUUGCAAUUCCAGCCGUUGGUCUGUGCAUGUUGAACGCUUACUUAAAACACCAGGAAGAACAUGGACAUCCUCGAGCGGAAUUCAUUCCAUACGAGCAUAUGCGUAUUCGCAACAAGCGUUUCCCAUGGGGAGAAGGCCGUCGCAGUUUGUUCCAUAACCCCCACGUCAAUCCUCUGCCGGAUGGUUAUGAAGAUUAAAUCUGUAAUCUUUCGAGCGUGUCCCAGGUAGUUCAUUAAAAUUAAUCUGUCGCUCCAGA